UGACUCGAGAGCACGGAGAUCAAAAAAUUCCGACGCUGAGAGCAACGGGAACGCUGCUUUAAUGAAUGAACUUAAAGCACUCAACACGAAGAUGGACCGCAUACAGAGCGUGUUGGAGAAGCAGGCCAAUAAAUGAGAGAAGUUUGCUCCGCCUCAACCACCAGUUUGAGUCCUGUUUCCCUGUCUCCCCUGCCGCCCCAGUAUACCUCACCUAACACAACGCAGAGACCUCGCUGGGGCUUGCUGCCUGAAAGAUUGGGUUACAUCUUUGGUGCCGUGACCCGGAUAGUGGUUUACAGGAGGACGAGCAGACGAUUUGUAAAUUGUGAACAUCUCCAUCAGCAAUAUCCUUAACAUUCAGGUUUCGUUUUUUUUUUUUUGGUUUUUUUUUUUUGGUCUUGAAUAGUGAGCCAAAUCUGUGCUAUCACUGUUUUUAGAGAUUUACACUGAAAAAAAAGAAAGAAAAAUCUUGUUUGUUUUUUUUGUUGGUUUGUUUGUGAAAACUAUAUCCAAUGCAAAGUUGAAUUAAUUGUCUACAUACUGUGGUGCUUGUAUUGCUGGUAUUUUUUUGUUGUUGUUGCUGUUUCUUUCUUUGUUCAUUUUGUUUUUGUAUGUGUUGUGGUCCUCCCAACUCAUAACACAACUGAUACAGCCUCUCACAUUCUAUCACUACAUUACGGCAAAAGUCAAACAUGCAGAGCCCCAAUGAAAACACUCAAACAGUCUGAGGCAGACUCUGUACCCCACACUGGAGCCAAGAGCUGACGCUAUCGGGAUAAUUCAUGCCUCAGACCAAACAAUAAUUAGCAUGAGCCCCCAUGAGUCCCCACAACAUUAUCUCCAGCAGCAUCAGAGGUCAUCACCAUGGGAUGCCGCAUCAAACACCAUGCCCUCCCCUAGUGAUGAACCUACACGUCUUCCUGCUGGUCAUUUUGUACCUCCUAGUGUGCUCACCCCUCCAGCGACCAGUUGUACCCCCACGUUGCCUAACCAGGUAAAUGCUCAGGGGGCUGGGGCUAGUGUGCAGACACCAGUUAUGACCAGUCAUGCCCCUGCACCUCCCAGCCAUGGCUCCAUGCCCACUAACCAUGUAAGUGUUCAAGGCCCGGCCACAACCAUGUAUGCUCCUAAGGUUUAUGAGAAUGCCUCUCAGACUCCACUAAGUCCCCCUGCAGCCCCUCUUCAUACCCAUCCCACCCCUACUGCCAUGACAUUGAACCCUAUGAUUCCUGAUGAUCCCAGGCAGUUUCCCCCACCACAAGUCUAUGUGCCGCCCGGGGGUAACUCACUACCUGUUCUGUUGUCCUCAACAUGUGCCCCACAGAUUACUAUGCGUGGCACCGCAGUGGGCAUCCAGAGCACUGUGGAAACAGCACAUAUCCCACCAACAAACCGUCACCAACAUCCUAUCAGCUACCCCAUUCUCCCUCAUCCAUCAUAUGGGAUGCACACCCCUUCAUCCUCAGUGCGCCAUUCACAGGUAGUAGGGCAACCUUCACGAGCCUUUUCCCCCACUCCUUCCAAUAUUGUUUUUCCUGAUACACAAGCCAUUCAGCAUAUCCCUCAAAUGCAGGUCAACCACUUGCCUCCCCCCUCAGCCACCUGGAGCCAUAUCCAACCAGUCAGUUAUGGAUCACAAGCUGUUCAACCCCCCGCUUAUCACAUGCAGGCCACCACGCAAUCCCACACAUUGCCCCUCGUGUUACCAGACGGGCCAACUGGGUUUUCCCCUGUCCAACCCAGCUAUAGUGGUUUCACCCAGACACACCAGGUAAAAAAUGUUCAAGUGUUCAGCAGGGGCUCUGAGUGCAGAAUCCUGAUUGAAGACUGGAUCAGAGACAUGCAGUAUCUUCUUGAUGCUGGGGGGCUGCCACCAAACCUCAGUUUUCCCACCAUUGUGCGACACCUGAGUGGCGAGGCUAGGAGGCUGAUCUUAAACCUCCCCCCACCUGAACAAAUUCCCCAGAGGGCUUUUGAUGAGCUGAGAGCAGAUUAUGGCGACAUGCAGAGAUCUCUGGACCCCCUAGCUGACUUUUAUGAGAGGAGCCAACGCACAGAGGAGUCAGCAUGUUCCUAUGCCAUUGCUCUAGAAGCCCCCCAAAAAAAGAAAGCAACAGCAACAGACAAUGAAAAGAUUGUUCAAAAAGGAGUGGAAAGAAGUCGAACUUUCAUCCCACCCCUUCAUAAGAAAGAAACUGAUCAUUUGCGAACACUUAAUAGCACCAUUAAUUAACAUUUUCUUUUGUUGGAGGAAAUGAUCCCUGUUAAAGAUAAUGGGCCGAAUUGUCAACUUUGCUGCUGGAAAUGUGGAAAGUAGCCUAUCAUGUCUACACUUCAUGGUGUUUGAGGGAUUUUCCUUUUUGUUUUUUUAAAGAGGGAGACUAGGUAUAUUUUUGCGCAGUUGUUAAUUUCUAACACAGCUCAAUAUCAGGAUGAUUUUAUUCAGACUAUCAAUUUGGUGUUGAUAUGAUUUAAUUGUGGCGUCAGCUUUAAGCUUUAUUGUAGCAUAUAUAACGUUAUGACAAAGAAGACCAAUUUAUCAGACGCAAUGAUGUUAGACGAUAAUUGUAAUACACGCAAUUCAUCUGCGCAGCAUUGAUUUCAUGGGAUUCAAGGGUGUGAUCAGUGUCAGAUGUACAGGUACAGGUACUGUAGCUACUUGAACCAGUGAUGAGUAAUUUAACCUACACAUCAUUUUAUUUGCUACCUUGUGUUGUCUUGAUUUUUCCCUCUCUCCUCCUCUAUUUCUUCUUUCCUGACCCGUUUCUUUUCUUCUCUAAUAUGUGAUUUCAUUGAUGUUUUGACAGGGGAAUUUCUUUGAUAAGCUUUUAGUGGCUUCUAACCUCUCCGGCACUUUUCUUUUUUUAAUCUUGUAAAUGUUAUACUGUCUGUUUUUAGCAUUAUGUGCAAAUAAACUAAUCUAAACUAAACUAAACAUUAUUCAUCCCGUUAUGCGUUGCCACGCAUGUUUCCUCCUCCUGCAGCUGCCACGGCGUUGGCCUUUUCUGUAAUGUUGCUUUUCUCCUCCUCAUAUUUUAGUAGCUAGGUAGAAUUAAUCUCUGAUCCUCACUAGAAAUACUUUUUUCCCUCACAUACGGCGCUCUGUGAGGACGCUCAGUGACGCUGCGCUUCUCUCAUGAUUGUGAUUGGUCCACUGGGUGCGCGUUCACGGCUCUUGAUAAAGCAACCCUGGGUUGAGUUACAGAGUUGAUAUUCAGCGUCGUGAUACCGAUUAUCCUGACUGCCAUUGUUAGGGUUAGUCAACCCAGGAUAGGUCUGGGUAACCCAGGAAAGGUUGAUCUUGCUUCGUGAUACAGGCCCCAGUACACCAUUAUUCAACAUAACAAUAUUAUCAGGGAUCAUAUACAUCAAUUGGAAUAUGAAAUCGGCAAUGAUUAACCAAUGCACAAGACACAGUACAGUACUAUAAACUUAAUUGCCGAAUAACACACAGAAUAUAAUUAAGAACAGUAACAGAAUGAUAACGUAUUACUCAAACUCUCAUGGACGCACAAGACGGAGCAAAUCAACAAAAGGGGAAG